AGACGAGGAAGUCGGGAGGAGGGACCAGCGGCGGUGGCGUGGUGUCAGCACUGAAAAAGGAGUUUCUACUGGAUUCUCCUCAAUCCUGCAGCUGCUCUGGACCCGGAGGAUCUCUGUCGUCUUGAUUUUUCCUUUGGUACCAAACAGCAGUAAUGUGCGCAACGGAGGCGCUCGACUUUAGAAGCGCUGCGUAACUUUUGAUCCGCUGUCGGUUGAAAGAAAGUUUAAACACACCUCUGCUGUCAGCAGCACAGGUAGAGCAGAGGAUCCCGGAAGAACUCGUUGUGCAGGUUACCAGCUUGUUUGCAUAGACUGCGCGUUUAUUCCAAAGCGAGCGAACGCCGAUGGACUCCUUCAAAAAGUAGAAGUUCUUUCCCAUAGUUUUUCCCCCCAGUCAUUAUUUUAAAGGAAGGAAGUGAACGGAGAGAAAAAUGAAGGACCUGAGGAAGAGGAAGCUGUUCGUGCUGAUGGAUGUGCUGUGUGUCUUGGUUGCGGCGCUGCCCUUCAUCAUUAUGACCAUCGUGUUCAAACCCUAUCAGCGGGGGAUUUACUGCGAUGAUGAGAGCAUCAAGUAUCCUGUAAAACCAGACACCAUCACCCACGGCAUGCUGGCCGCCGUCACCAUCUCCUGCACUGUCAUCAUUAUCUCCUCUGGAGAAGCUUAUCUGGUCUACAGCAAGAGGAUUUACUCUAAUUCCGACUUCAACCAGUACGUAGCUGCUCUCUACAAGGUAGUUGGCACCUUCCUGUUUGGAGCAGCGGUCAGCCAGUCGCUCACCGACCUCGCCAAGUUCACCAUCGGACGCCCGAGACCCAACUUCAUGUCCGUUUGCUCCCCGAAGGUCUGCACAGGAUACAUGCAGGUGAUCAACUGCACCGGCAAGCCUCAGGACGUCACAGAAUCCAGGUUGUCCUUCUACUCUGGACACUCCUCUUUUGGGAUGUACUGUAUGCUAUUCCUGGCACUUUAUGUGCAGGCGAGACUGGCGGCUAAGUGGGCCAGACUCCUCCGACCCACCAUCCAGUUCUUCCUGGUGGCCUUCGCGGUGUACGUGGGUUACACCCGAGUCUCUGAUUACAAGCACCACUGGAGCGACGUGCUGGUGGGGCUGCUGCAGGGAGCGCUUGUUGCCGUACUCAAUGUGCGCCUCGUGUCGGAUUUCUUUAAGAAGCGUCCUCCACGUUGCACGAGGUCAGACGCAGCCGAUAGCGAGGAGCCGGAGAGGAAGCCCAGCCUUCAGAUUGCAGACUCGGAGCACAGCAACCAUUACAACUACCACCACACUCCUGGCACUGUGUGAUAGCAGGACUGACGCUUUGGGGCUCAAAGGCCUGCAGACCCUCAAACCUGUGUGAUAAUCCAGCGGCUUCACUUCCUGAUUGUGCAGUCAGCAGUGUUUAGUUAACCUGGGUCGUCUGCGGUCCCGACUCUGCAGGCCGCCUCCUGGCCUCGGACUUUAGCGAGUUCAGCAAUCAGUCAAUCCUUUUUGUAUUUCUGUUUGAAAGGAGUAAAAGCUGAGGGGUUUGGUCAUUAGCUUUCAUUCCCCGGCUCCCUCCCUCUGUUCAACCACUCACUUACCCCCUCCUGCUCCACUGGACUGACCGAGGAGGCUGCAUCCAGUCGCCUCUCAAAGACGCCAUGAUGACCUCCUUCUCUCCUGUAAGAGAGGAAGGAGCAUGUUGUUUUGAAGACAUCAUUGUUGAUGUUAAAGUGUACGUGCUUAAAGCUGCAUUAAGCGAAAGACUCCAAAUCCACUGCAACGAAGCUACAACAUGCUAUUGGCUUGUUAAAUACUUGUGGCUAGUGUGUUAGCUAGCAAGUUACACCUAGCAGACAAAGUUUUCUUCUACCUGACAAAUGUACAUUUGAAAUUCAGUCACCAUCUACUGAGAAAAAUGUCUUUUUUUUCUGUGUUUGUUCUACUUUCUCAUCACUUGGGCUCCACGUUUUGCAGUAAGCACAUAAUCUGUUUCUUGUUUUGUACAAAUGGGUCAUUAAAGUGGUUGAAGUUCAGCUAAAUGAGGUGAUAACAACUACACUCUAAAAUAAAUAACGUUUAAUCACAACUGAAACAAAUACUACAAGAAUUUGCAGCAAUGUUUUUGACUUAGGACACAUACUGAAAAAAUAUGUUCAAUCAUCAAACUCCAUUUAGUUCCUGGAAUUAGCUUUUUCUCUAAAAUCAAAAGGUUUUGAUUUUUUAAUUUGCACAGGUGUGUUCAGACAGGUGAGUAAACUUCAAAAUCCUAAAUUCAAACUUCUCAAGCCAAUUUCAUUAAGCUAUCUCAACUUGAAUUCUGUGCUAAUUCAACUAAUGCAGAAAUUUGAAUUGAAACUACACACAAUAUUGAGUUGACGCAGUUACCUACAUUAUUAUGUCAGCGCAACCCUUCAAAAUAAUGUUUACAACUUAAAAGCUGUGUGUAAAUCAACAAAUUAGACCUUUUUCUUAAACUUGCAACCAUAUAUUUAAUUAAGUUGUACUUUUUUGAGUGUAUAACAACCUAAAAAUGCCUGAAAAUACAAAUAUCUUGAUUCACAGUGGGAUUGGCAGAGCUAACAACUGUUCCAUUUCCAAUGUUAUUUUUAUUGUUAAUAUGUCGCUUAAUGGAGCUUUAACAUUUUUUUGGUAUGUGUUGUUUUUCUUAUUUCUUCAUAUAGUUUACCCAAUUUGCCAGCAGUGAUUACAGAAAAAGUAAGAAUGUUGAGGCAAGAAUGUUUUUGCAGGCUGGUGAAGACAUGAAUGAUUAGCUUCAUUUCAAUGCACCUUAAACUGGCUUCACACCAGAGGACUUUCCGAGUUCAUUUUGUAUCUCGAGCUAAAACAUCAGCAGCAGACCAUUGAAAGGAGUUAAAUAUCAGCUGAACCAACACGACAAACAAGAACACUGAGUCACACUUCUGAACAGGUCUGGGUUUACACACCACAAACAACAGAAUGUUUUUAAAGCGACUCUACAGGUUUGGAGUUUGUGGUGACUCACACAUUUGAACAACCUUGGUUGGUUUUUAACUCCCAGUACUUAUUCAUUAAACUGAUGAUCACUGAAUGAGGCCACCGUCUGAAACUGGCUGACUUUAUGUCUGAACUGGGUCAGCAACAGUUCUGCUUCCCUAAAAUGUAAUUGUUUAGUUGAUUUAGAUUCCCCCUGUGUGAAAAGGCCUGCAGAGGUAGAAACCAUUGAUACAAAUAGCUUUAAUUUCUGCUGGACUUCCCAUGUUAUACCACUACUAUAAUGCCAAUGAAAUAUUAAGAAAUUUUGCCCUCUAUCUUUUUAUUUUUCUCUUUUUUUCACAUUUAUUGCAAUGUUUUAUUUCACAAAGUAAUAAUCAAAGAAGGAGGAGACAACCAUUUUGAAAAUGGUGUUUUUAAUUUAUUUUAAAUGCAAAAACAACAAUUAUUAUUGACUUUUAUGAGGCUGGAAAGCUCUGUUAAGGUUUUUGUGCAAUUACCCCUGCUUGCCACUAUGAGCCACAAUUACUGUAUCCUCUAAUGCUAUGUUUCGUGAAGGAUGUGUGUACAUAUAUAUGUAUAUAUAAGAGCUUGUGUGUUUUUUAUUUCACGUGUAGGUAAGUUUUAACUUCACCUGGACGGCGUGCCAUGGCCCAUACCACACAGAUGGAUCCAGUUCCAGGUUUCGAACAUAAGCCAGAUGCCUUGGCAGGGCUUUUUAAAGGGCUGUUGUAAUGAUAAAGAGUUACAUGCACUGACUGUGUUUUUGAAGCUGGUAACACAACAUCUCCGUUCCCACUUCAAAGAUUGAUCCACGUCCCUUUUGCCCUCCUUCCUGUGAUGAUAGAUGGGGUUAAUUUGGGCAGUGUGUUCUCCUGUACAGUUCAUGUAGAGCAUGCAGACCCCUGGAGGACUGACGAUACAUCAGACAGACCACAGACUUGAUAAAGAAGGCCUUAGAAGUACAGGAGAGACAGGAAGGCUAUGAGGGGAUCUCACCUGGUAGUGAUUGUGAGGCUCCAGAGCUGAUCUGGGGCUAAAGGCAGCCUACUUAAAGGGGUGGAGUGUGGGGUAUCCCAUGGUGAACUCUACUCCUGAGGGACUUCCACACAUUUAAAACACACUUUUACAACCAGAAACAGCUGGAACUAGUUGCAGCGAAGUUUCCCUCCCCUGCCUUCUACGUCUAAAUCAUCGGUGCAGUCGGGCUCAUGGCACCAAUGAGGAUGUAGAAAUAUUUCGGUAUUUUUGAUUCCUCCCUUUUGGAAUCCAAGGUUCUCAGCUAUUGUUGUGGCUGUUGUUGCGCUUUUAUCGGUUUAGUGUCUUAGAAUGGCUGCUUUUUAAAAAAAAUAGAUGUUGACUUGUGGCUGUGGUUCAUGUUGUGUGUGUGCUUUUUGUGUAGCCUAUAGAUUUCUAUCUAUAGUCUUCAAACCAGCGGAUUUUAAAUAAAGAUAUAAUCCACA